AUGACUAGUAGAGGCCGUUCCGUCCCAGCAACAGUCCUACCGACUGGAUCCAGCUCCAGAUUCAACGACACCACCAAGGCCAUAACCACAGCCCUGAUACCCUCGUCCUCAUCCAUCUCGCCCAUUCCCACAAACGGUUCCCUCACCACCAGGAACGGCUCCAAGCUCCUCGCCCAGGCAGACGCCCUCGCACGCAUGACCAUCGAGUUCAACAUCCGCGCCGUCAGCGCCCAAACGGAGCGUCUAGAGAAGGGCCUCAACAAGCUCAUGGUGUCGACUAAAGAAGACAAGACGUUCCGAGAAAGCCACGAUGCGAGGCUGCAGAGCCUGUGUAAGGAGAUUCUUGCGGUGAAGCGGCGUAUGGAAGAGAUUCAGGGGCCGGAGUUCAUUGGUCACUGCAAAGAUGGGCUGGAAGGAUGUAAAGAGGAGGUGGGAGAUUCUAUUGAGUUACUGAAGAAGGAAAUGGAGGAGCUUAGGGGCAUGGUUGGGGAUAUGUCGAGCACGCUGGAUAAACUCCCGACGGCGGCUGAAGCAGAAGCUUUGAUAAGGCGCACUCAGGCUACAGUAUCGACAACGCCGGGUAGAGAGAUUCAAACGAGAUCAAGGGCUGCAAAAUCACUCGUGGAAUCUAAAACAGCAAGGAGCCAGGUCCCCGCCAAGCAGCGUAUUGACGAUGCCAUCGGCUCGACCCGCCGCUGGAACCGGGACCACAAGACUACCAAGCUCAGCGAUGCCGCCUUCAUAGCCAACUACCUUAGACAGCAAUCCAAGCGCGAUCCACCAAUGGCAGCCCACAUACAGAGAUCGAUCAAGCGCCAUGUCAGCCGUAGUAGCCGCCAAAAGGCAAAGGCUCGUCCCAAGAACCUCGAGCAGUUUUGCCAGAAUCUGGUGUGGAAGGACGUCAUUGAGACGGCGGAGGAGGUGCUGGUGAGGAAUGUGGCGCGGACCGCAAAAGCGUUGGAGGAGCGGGUGGGCUUGUCAUGA